AUGGACUUCAUUUCCGGAGAUACGGAUGAAGGUAUUCGUGCAUUGGCAGAAUGUACCUAUGCCACAGUUGUGUUGGCAGCGUCGAUUGCCGGCGGAAUUCUAGGCGGGCCCCUUGGGGCGGCUCUUGGAUCUUCAAUGGCCAACCUCGUCGUACCAUAUACCAAAGCCCUGUUUGGUUUAUUGGUAAAAGAUCCAAAUAUAAGAGCUGAACUCUGUGCAGUCAGCGUGUGCAAAAUCCUGGAAAGCCAGAUUCUUGCCGUUGUUGGAAUACCGAUCGGAGAGAUUGGGGCUGCGUUUGAUGAAUUUCUCGCGGAUGCACUCACAGAAACUGGCCUCGACGAGGUUUUCGCCGGGGUGAUACGCCUAUUAGCAAAGAGCGGGGCCACAACACUUGGAAAAAAGGAGCUGAAACUGAUUGGGGAUAUCGUUGUCGAUUCGCUUCGCAAUGGAAAAGGCGAAGAUUAUGUCAAAGGGCAGAUCCAACCGUACGUCAGGAACCUGAAGGCUGCAGUAAACACCGCCAAGGAUGCGCUGAAGACCGUAGUGUCGGAUGAGGGAAAGACUUUUAAACACUUGAUCAAGGUGGUUUCCACGCAGCUGGUAGAGGAUACAGCAGAGGAAGUUAGAACAAAACUACAGGAGGUAGUUCCGAAUGCCCUAGAACCACUACGCGAGGCGGCAUCAGAGAAAGGACAGGAGGUUUUCGGUAACUCUCAGCAAGAGCGGCCGGGAGACUCGACUGCAGCAAAUAACCCGCAACAGGCCAUGGAUGAUGCUAUGACGACCAUCAGACAAGAAGCUCAAAAGCUCGUUGAGGACACAAAUGAGAAGGCACGGAAGGAGUUCGCCGCGGAAGCGAACGAGAUAGUAAAAAGCCAAACGGAUGAGGUGGCGGAACGUGUCAAACAAGCCUCACCCGAAGCGAAGAAUGCUGCAUUGCAGAGCAUUGGUAAUGAUAUACGGCAAGAGGUCAAGGACGCGGUCCAAGAAACACUGGAGAACACGAUGCCGAACACCGUUAAAGAGGUAGAGGAUAUUGUGAAAAAGCAGCUGGAGGACGACCGGUCUGCAGAAGUGUUUGCAACCCAGAUCGCUCUGCUGAGUGCAAUUCAGGAGGCAGCCGAUACGGUGAUUGCGAAUGCGGAAAAGGAAUGCCAGAAGCUUGUUGCUGACGUGAAGUGGCAAGUUGCCCUGCCAGAUACGGUCCAGCUGCUCCAGAAAGCCAUCCAGGCUGCGGUAAAGCACGAGCUCCCAGAGACUGCAAAUGAGGUUGCCAAGGCUGCAUGGAAAGCAUAUGAUCCCUUACGUUUCGGGGAGAUUAUGGACCCAUUAGAGGCACUCAAUGAGGCCGCGGAGAAGAUAAAACAGGCGGCAGUGCAGAGAGUGAAAGAUAUAGCAGCGAGCACCACGGACAAGGCCUUCAAGAACCUGCCAGGCACCCCGCACCAGGCGGUGGAGGAGAAGGCGAGGAAGAAGAUCGAUGAAGCGGCAGAGAAAGAAGUCCAGGAAGCAGAAGCAAAGAUUAGCCAGGCGGUGGAUGAAAGUGUCUUGGGAGAACAAAUGAAGGAGAUAUUAAGGAAAAGACGGGCGGAUCAGGACCAUGUGUCAAGUUUGCUACAUCACAGCGAGCCUGAGAAGAAAGAGGAUGAGGGGCAAGGAAUUCGUCAAAAGGCAGUCGAGCUGGUCAAGAAGGCUGUCCAGGCUGUCGCGCAAAAGGAAAUGGGCAGCGUUGUUGACGAGGCCGGAAGGCAAUCAAGCGAGAAAUUCAAGACAAUACGCGAUGAUCUGGAUGUUGGGCCGGUAUUGAAGAUGCAGCAGGAAGCGAACGAGCUAGAACAGGCUGCACUGCAGAGAAUAAAGGAUGCAGCUCAAAAGGGUCUGGCGCAGAUGAUUGGGGAUAUCGAUGACAACGCAGUGAAAGAGGUGUUGCAGAGCAAUGGGGACAAAAUGGUGGAUGAGGAAGUGAAGGGGAUAGAAAAGGAAUUUACAAAACGCGUGGGAGAUGCAAUUCUGGAUGCUCAGCUGGAUGCGAAAAGGAAACGCCAUGAGGCAUCGAACAACCCCUUUGGCGCCGGUUUCCCAGGCACAGCUCCACCAUCUUUUUGA